AUGGACCCCCCCCCUUCUCCGGAGACGGCGCCCGACCCCACGCCCGUCGCGGACGACGACGCCGCCCUCGGCGCGCUGCAGGGGAAGCUGCACCGGUUCGCGGUUCGGAACCACGGGUUCAUCGCCGCGUUCGCGGCGUCCAAGGUGACGAAGCACGGCGACGGCGUGCUCUUCGCGUUCGCGAACGUCGGGAUGGCCGAUCUCCUCGCGGAAGAGGGCGACGACGACUUCCAACGCGCGCGCGACCUGGAGCGGCAGCUCGUGCUCGUCCACGGCGGGAUCACGUCGAGAGCGGCUGCGGGGUGCACGAUGGAGGCGCUGCGCGCGAAGAUGCGCGCGGAGACGAGCGCGCUCGCGGAGCGUCUGACGACGACGACGCGCGACGGCGGCGGAGGCGGCGGCGGCGACCGCGAGUCGUUCCACCUCGUCCUCGCCGCGGGGAUGGAGUACGCGACGGAGGACGUGCUGGAGGCGCUGCGGCCGCCGAAGUGGAACGGCGGCGGAGGCGGCGGAGGAGGAGGGGGCGGGAAGAAGAAGAAGGGGAGAGGGAGGAAAGCCGACGGCGGCGGCGGCGGCGGCGGCGGCGGCGGCGGCGGCGGCGGCGGGUACCCCGGGGUCGGGGGCGUGAGCGUGAUGCGGCUGCAGUACGGCGACUUCCGCGCGGCGCUGACGCACGGGCUGUCGAUGAACUUGCAGGACGCGCUCGACGUCGAGCUCGACCGUGAGGAGUGA